GCGCCCCCCGACGCGGCCGCGCCCGCGCCCGCGCCCGCGCCGCCCGCCGCCGCGCCGCCAGCCGCCGCGGCGCCGUGCGCGCCGGCGCAGGGGCUGGAGGCGCCGCUCGCCGCGGCCGCGGCCGCGCCCGCGCCGCCCGCCGCCGCGACGCAGGCGUCGGAGGGCGGCCUGGAGGCCGAGCUCGAGGCUCUGAUGGAGUCCCAGCCGGCCGCGCCGGGGCCGCUGCCGCCCCCGCCGGCCAGCCAGACCGCGCAGGGCGGCCUGGAGGCCGAGCUCGAGGCGCUGAUGGAGUCCCAGCCGCCAGGGCCUCACGGCCCGCGGGGCGGCCAGCCGGAGGCGCCGUCGCCUCAGGCGAGCGGCAGAUGGCCCACAACCCCGCACACGGACACCCGGGCAGUCUCGAGGCAGAGCUCGAGGCGAUGAUGGACCCCCCGACGACGCAGGGCAGCGCAGGCCCCCGGCUGCUGGAGCUGGACCUGGAGAAGCUGCUGGACGAGGACGACGGCGUCGCCACGCAGCCAGGCAUCCCGGAGGCCGCGGGCGCCUGA